GUUUACGGAAAUAAUCACAUUUAUUUUAAUUCGAAACUAUGGCGUCGAACGAAGAUGCAUUAGAUGACGAGAAACGUCCGCAGUUUGGUAACCGAUACCUCACCGACGCUAAGAAUGUGUUUGAACACAAUGCAUGGUAAACAUAGAAAGUGAUCAAAUCUAAUCAGUAUGCUACAGAACUUCCAUUGAUCUUUAUUAAUAUGCUUCACAGACAAAUACAAGCACGCUUUCAUCUGGUUAUUUUCGUUCCAUGUUGGCUAGAUUAAAUGUUGUUCUCUUUGAAGAAACGUUGUCACAUCAAUUUGUGUGUUUAUCCUUCCAGCAUCUGUUAAGAACGGUAGUACCUUGUAGCAAAGCAAGUAUGAAAAUGUUAUAUGGUCAGGUGUAGUCAUUGACAGUAAUUGAGAAAAUAUGAAUGGACUUGCUAGAAGAGUGUAUGGUAGCAGAGUGCUCAGUCAUGUUUUCAAACUGUCCACAAAACACCGAGCAUGUUCAAACCACAAACAUAAGAUUAGACCAAAUCAGCCUCAAGCUGGUAGAAGGGGCAGACCUUUGACCGAUGAAAGUCGAGUAUGGGAAUUCAAUAACUGGGACAAUGUUGUGUGGGACUCGAGUCAAGAAGAAGAGGCCCGGAAGAAGACCCAGCAACAGCUAGCAGAAGCUCUCCCACAGGAGACCACAGAGAUGUAUGAAGAGAAGGCAGAUCAUUUCUGGGACGAAUUCUACAACAUUCACACCAACAGGUUCUUCAAGGAUCGUCAUUGGCUGUUUGUUGAGUUCCCAGAGUUAGACUCGGCCAAUGACAAGACAGAAUCCCUGACAACAGGAAACAGGGAAGCAGGGAAUGGUGGGAAGACUGAAUACUUAGAUGUUGCCCAGGGAGUUGAGAAUAUUUCCCUGACAGCGACUGAGUCUCCAGUAGAUUCUGACAGGGUAGAGGCGUAUCCCGGAGAAAAUGCUGACUUCAGAAUAUUUGAGGUUGGAUGUGGUGUGGGUAACACCGUCUUCCCCAUCCUGCAGACAAACAAUGAUUCAAAGCUGAUGGUGUACUGCUGUGAUUUUUCUUCCACUGCAGUUCAGAUUGUCAAGGAACACACAGACUACAAUCCACAUCGCUGUCAUGCCUUCGUCUCUGACAUCAGUGACACCAACACUGUGCUGCCGAUGCCAGACAACAGCCUUGACCUUAUCAUCAUGAUCUUUGUUCUGUCUGCCAUCAACCCACAGAAAAUGCAGUUUGUGAUAGAUCGGUUGUCCCGCCUGUUGAAGCCGGGGGGACAGAUCUUGUUCCGAGACUAUGGACGCUACGACAUGGCACAGCUGAGAUUUAAAAAAGGUCGAUGUCUGUCCGAGAACUUCUAUGUGAGGGGGGAUGGCACACGCGUCUAUUUCUUCACCCAAGAGGAACUACGUGAUAUGUUCUCCAAGAGUGGCUUGGUGGAGAAACAGAAUCUGAUUGACCGGCGCCUGCAGGUGAACCGAGGCAAGCAGCUCAAGAUGUACCGUGUGUGGAUCCAGUGUAAAUACCAGAAACCUGGACUGGAUGCCGGUACACGGCAGGAGUCGACAGACACGGCGGGAGAAGAGGCACCUCAGGACUGUGUAGAGACACCUAUUGACAAGGCACCGUGCCCUGUAGACACUCAGUCAGGGAGGAGUUCUAGAUGACCUCGGGGUGAGGUGUUGGGAGAUUUGAGGCCCCAUGACAGGGCACAGUGUCCUGUAGACAGUCAGUCAGAGACGAGUUCUAUUAGGUGGGGGCAAGCUGCGGCAGAAGAGUACAGGGCUUGAGUGUCGUGAAGAGAGCAAGUCAGGGACAGGUUCUUGAUGACCACCUCCUCCACAAGUCCUCUUUACCAGUACGAAUUGUAUGGCUGAACACAUAGUCCUUGUACUUUGUGGAGGAAACUCAGAUAAAGUGUAAUGUUCAUGGCAAAGCCUUGUGAUCUUCUGUUGGGAGCAAGGUGCUGAGAGAAGAGACUCAAGUGACAGGGCACCACGCCCUGUAGACAGCAAGUCAGGCACCUUGUCCAAGUCAAGUACAAAGUCUACAUGACCAUGUGUUGGGGUGAGGUGUCUGGAUA